UCAUCUACUGCUGGCCUGUCUGUGUGUCUGAGUGAGUGUGUGCGUGAGCGUGAUCGCGCGCGUGUGUGUGUGUGUGUGGGUGGAUGGAGGAGGCAGAGCCAAACACACACAUACACAGACACACAGACCAGGACCACACCGACCGGUCUGUUUUAAGAUGCUGGAAUAACGGCGAGAAACGAACAUCUUUCGAUUGUUAAUCGUGACCAGCUCACUUACUGUCACCAAAAUGUCUGGAAAAAUAGACAGUAAGCAAGAAUCCCAGCGUUCCCACUUGACAUCAUUUACAAUGAAACUAAAGGACAAAUUCCACUCUCCCAAAAUCAAGCGGACACCAUCAAACAAAAAGUCCAAACCACCACCAGAACAACCUGUGAAGUCCCCAGAGAAGACCGUGACCAAGAGUCUGAGUCGAUUAGAGGAGCAUGAGAAAGAAGUGGUCAGCGCUUUGCGGUACUUCAAAACGAUUAUCGACAAGAUGGCGGUGGACAAGAAGGUCUUGGAAAUGCUUCCUGGUUCUGCUAGCAAAGUUCUGGAGGCCAUCAUGGGCUUGGUACAUUUUGAUGGCAAGAUACUGAGCAGUUCAAAAGUGUCCUCCUGUCUCAGUCGACUCUAUCAAAGUCUUGCAAACCUCAUUCGCUGGUCGGACCAAGUGAUGCUGGAGGGGGUGAAUUUGGAAGAUAAAGAAACAGUUACAACUGUCACCACUGUGAUCAAAGCAGUGCUGGAUGGUGUGAAGGAGCUGGUUAAAGUCGCCAUUGAGAAACAGGAGCACCCCUCCCCUACGACACCUGUCAAAACCUUGCCUCCUGUGGCCAGUCCACAACGUGUUCCAGAGCCCCCUGUCGUCGAGUUGAAAGAAACUGUCUUGAAUGAUACCCCUACCCCAGCCGAGGUCACAGAGGCCCCAAAUAAUGUCCCUCAUGAGGAAGUGGCCCCUCCUAAACCUCCUCUACCUGGACUCAAAGUGCCUGAACAUUGUCCACCGGCUCUUCCCCCAAAGAAGCGUCAGUCGGCACCGUCUCCCACAAGGAUUGCCGUGGUUGCACCAAUGAGUCGUACCACAAGUGGAUCAAGUCUUCCUAUUGGUAUCUGUCGACAGGAAUAUGAGGCAGAUGCCUUACAGAGGCGUUUUUCAGGAGGCAGUCACUCCUAUGGAGGGGAAUCGCCACGACUUUCCCCAUGUGGCAGCAUUGGCAUAUUGAGUAAGUCAGAUGAACAGCUGUCAUCUUUGGAGCAGGACAGCGGACAGUGUUCUCGUAACACCAGCUGUGAGACUCUAGACACAGCGGAGAGCUACGACCCCGACUAUGACUUCCUGCAUCAGGACCUGUCUAGCAUCGACCAGAUCCCUCCCGCACACACAGGGGGUUGUCUGAGCCCACUCCCCGAGUCUCACAAUGAAUCAUCCUCCUUCCCUGUUCAGCUUCAAUCGAUACCGCCCGCUCUCCCGAAGAAGGAACGGCGACCCCCUCCGCCUCAGGUGGAACGACUGUACUCUCAAUAUGAUAAUGUUCCUGAUGAGGACAUGCAGACCCCACCAUUCCCCCUAUUUCCCGCAAUGCCACCCUCGAACCCUGGAGAAUUUAUGGGACACUUUGGCCCUGCUGAGAACGCACAGAUCCCUCAGAGCCCUCCACCCCUGCCAGAGAAGAAGAGUCGCCAUAUUUUGAAGUACAUGCAGUUUAUGGAGGACUAUUCUGAGCCGCUGCCUUCCGUUUUCUACCAGACGCCUCAGAGCGAAAGCAUUUACGAGCAGCGCAAUAGGAAGCGUUUUCAGGAAGUGUACGGUCUCAGCGACUCCUUCAGCAGCAGUGACGAGACCCUCCCUCCGCCAGCGCUGCCACCCAAACAGAGACAACUGGCUUCCUCACACUCUGCGUCUCCUUCCUCCUCCUCUUCCUCCUCUCUGUCAUGUCAGCUGCAGCAGUGUGCGUCUGGGCCUGGCCCUGGUGAGACAGAAACCGCUCUCAGCCUUUCCGCAUCUAACUCCUCUCUGAACCGCCAGGGCUCCCUGCCUGUCCCUACGAGCGAAAGUGCUAAUGAUGAAGGUGGGGAGGGUGAAUACGUCAAUCUGUAUUCAUCCAAUCAAGCCAAUGGAGAUGUGACUCUCUCCAAUGGAGACUCUUCUUGUGGUGCUGAGGACUCGCUCCAGGACUCGGCUUCAGAACACAGCAAAGAUCCAGCUGACAGAGAGGGCUGGAAGCAGAAGUGUGUGGACUCAGAGUUGACCUCAGAAGAAGUGGAUCAGCUCUACCUGAUAGACCACGACGAGAUAAUGUCUCGGUUAACACUAAAGCAAGAGAACGAUGACGGCCCUGAUGUCAGAGCUGGAUCAGGCGAUAUUUUAUUAGUUCAUGCCACCGAAACAGAUCGCAAAGAUCGAGUUUUAUACUGUGAAGCUUUUUUGACCACAUACCGAACGUUUCUAACCCCAGAGGACCUCAUUAAAAAGCUCCGCUGUAGAUUUACCAGAUUUUCUCUCAGCUCUGACAUUAUCAAACAACGAGCUAGUAAAAACACCUUCUUCGUGCUGGUGCGUGUCGUGGAUGAGCUUUGUUUGGUGGAGUUGACAGAAGACAUCCUGAAGCAGCUCAUGGAGCUUGUGUUCAAUCUGUUGUGUAACGGUGAGCUCACCCUGGCCCGGGUUCUGCGCAAGAACAUCCUAGAUAAAGUCCAGCAGAAGAAGCUGCUGCAGUACACUAAUUCCCUCAAAACGCUGGCUGCACGAGGUGUGGCCGCCAGGCCCGGCACUCUGCAUGACUUCCGUAGCCAUGAGAUUGCAGACCAGCUGACUCUCCUCGAUGCAGAGCUGUUUUAUAAGAUAGAGAUCCCAGAGGUGUUGCUUUGGGCAAAGGAACAGAACGAGGAAAAGAGCCCCAAUCUGACCCAGUUCACAGAGCACUUCAACAACAUGUCAUACUGGGUUCGGUCCAUAAUAAUCCAACAAGAGAAAGCCCAGGAUCGGGAAAAACUACUUUUAAAGUUUAUCAAAAUAAUGAAGCACUUAAGAAAACUCAAUAACUUCAACUCCUACUUGGCAAUAUUAUCAGCGCUGGAUUCAGCGCCUAUCAGAAGACUGGAAUGGCAGAAGCAAACGUCAGAGGGUUUGGAGGAAUAUUGCACUUUAAUUGACAGUUCCUCCUCCUUCCGGGCGUACAGAGCAGCUUUGGCAGAUGUGGAGCCUCCAUGUAUACCGUAUCUAGGACUCAUCCUCCAGGACUUAACUUUUGUGCAUCUUGGGAAUCCUGACCUCAUUGAUGGAAAAAUCAACUUUUCCAAACGCUGGCAGCAGUUCAAUAUCCUGGACACUAUGAGGCGCUUCCAGCAAGUGCACUAUGACCUCAAACACAACGACGACAUUGUCUCAUUCUUCAACGACUUCAGUGACCAUCUAGCUGAGGAGGCAUUGUGGGAGCUCUCUUUGAAGAUCAAGCCUCGCAACAUCACUCGCCGGAAAACAGAACGAGAGGAAAGGACGUAGCUCGCUCGGCUAGAACAACAAACUGCUUUUAAAAGACUCUCCUCUGAAGUUGCAAGACACAGCAAUCACAAGUUACUGUAAUGGCAGCUACGAGACUGGAAACAAUACUGUAUUUCUGUUACAGUUUACUGAAACUUUUUUUUUUUAGCCAAAAAACGUGAUUAGAUUUUAUUUUGUAAUUGCACUGCGUCUGAACCUGUGUGUAAAUUUGAAGUGGAACAGUGGCAAGCGAGAAGACAGAAAACAUGACUCUGAUGUGUCAGAUUAUGGGGUUUGAGAUCGUAACCUGGGAUUUGCAGUGAUAUUCCAGGACCGUCUCGCCAUCUGGAUGUUUGCAGUGCAAUCUGGAAAAACAACUGCGACUCCAACUGCAAACUAAUACCAUGAUGCCUCAGUGGGCACUUUGGAUGUGGAAGUUCCUUGAAGACUGAUAUUUUUAUUUAUUUAUUUUGUAUGUAACAAAUGCACAUAAAGACUCUUUGGGUUUAGGGGGAUUGCUGUAAGGACAGCUUCAAGCAUGUAUGAUAAUAGGUCAUUAUGAGGAGGCACAGUCUUGGUUAUUAAUAGCACAUUUUUCAGGAUUUUGUUGCUUAUUUUCUGCAAGAUUAACACAGUAUCCAGCUGAACUCGAAAGGAGCUUUUCUGGAUUUGAGUUUCUAAAUUUUGUUACUAAAAUUCUUUAAUCAAGAGUGUGCUAAUUUUAAUGUGUAUAAAGUUCCUGUUUCCCACAUGGCAUAAUUCAAAUUCUUUAUCCCACAAUUUGGACUUUCUCACAUUUCUGAAAAAAAAAGUCGGAAUUGCAAGAUAAAAAAAAAUCAGAAUUCUGACAAGUUUAUAUCUUCCAAUUCUGACUUUUUUUCCACCCUUAGAAUUCUGAGUUUGUUUUUUCUUUGCUUCUUUCAUUGAAUAAAAAAUUUAAAAAGGUAAUUGUGACUUUUAUUUCCCAGUUCUGAAUAAUAAUAAUAAAAAAAAAGUCAGAAUUGUGAGAUAUAAACUCACAAUUACCUUUCCCCCCAUAAAUAACUACAUUUUAAUGUUUCUGUUUAUAUUAAACUCAUCCUUAUCAUUUCAGCAAUUUGAGGCCUAUUUAAAAUCAGUUGUCUUCCGAUUACAAAUAAUUGCUAAUAAUCAGGGAAACUCAUUAUUUUGUUAAUCAUGUCUGUUAUUUAUUUAUGUAUUUAUGUGCGUAGAUUAACAAAAUGCUUUCAUCAUUGUAAAGGAAGGUGUCUUCACCUGUGUGGCUUUUGCAAGAAAGAUUUUAGGAGUUGUGUUACAACUGUUUGUAAGGUACAUUUCAAUACUUUUCACUUUGCACAACAGCAAGACACAAAAUAACAUUUCUGACGAUCUCCGAGAGCCAUCGCAGUGAUCAAAGGCCUACUAUCGAGUGCUUGAAGCUGUUCAUGAAGUGUCGGUGUGAUUUAUUUUAUACAAUGCAGUUUUCCUUUUGUUUUUUAAAAGGAUUUUACAUGGACGUUUGCAGAGAGAUUUACUCUGUUGUUGUGAGAUGUGAUCAAAUGUGCACUUUGAAGUUGAUUGUGGGUAACAAAGAUUAAAAACUGUUAGGGAACAGUUUGAAGUGGACAUGCGUAUGAGCCUGAACCCCUGCAACGACGCUUACACAGGAACCUUUUCUUACCUGCGAAUUGGACUGAAGUUGUUUUCAAAAUUCCAAAGACUGCAGACCACAUAUCACCACUGUAUGAACAUGAUGAUGAUUCAGUUGCACAUAACAUACAACUGACAUGUAUCUCUGUACACAUAACCCUGUGAAACCUGGUAAAAUAAUAUACAUAUCAUCA